UACGGUGCUUAACCGCGGCAGCAGGCGGCUGGGGAGAAAAGUAAGCAGCAGCUUGCGCGCCGGAGGAGGAAGAUGGCGGAGCCGGGGACAACGCGAACGUCUCCCUUGUAUUCGCGGGCUUCAGCUGUAGAUGGAUUUCUGAAGACAGAUGAAAGGCAAAGACUAGCUAGAGAAAGAAGAGAAGAAAGAGAAAAAUAUUUUGCUGCCAGGGAGCAGCAAAUCUUAGAAAAAGAAAGAAGAGCAAAGCUUCAGUAUGAAAAACAAAUAGAAGAAAGAUGGCGGAAGUUGGAGGAGCAGAGGCUGAGGGAGGAGCAAAAGAGGGCAGCUGUUGAAGAAAAGAGAAGACAGAAACUGAGAGAAGAAGAGGAACGAUUAGAGGCUAUGAUGCGGCGCUCCAUGGAACGAAGUCAGCAGCUAGAGCAGAAACAGAAGAGGUGGUCAUGGGGAGGAGGACUGGCUGCAGGCUCAGGCGACAGAGAUGGUGAAUCAGAAAAUGCCCCACCCCCUCUAGGUUUAGCUGUCAACACUCUUCUUCCAGACCCUGUGGUUUCAACUGCUGCUGAUGAACCUUCCAAUGCAUGUGACAAACUUUCAGUUUCUACAAUGAAUCUGCCAAAGCAAAUGGAGUCGCCUAUCAAUAAGCGUCUUUCCUCUUCUACAGCAACAAUAACUUAUUCCCUUGACAAAGCUCAUCGCAUGCACCUUAGUCCAAUGGAAAAUUUUAUCAUUUCUCGACUAUUGACUCCCACACAAGCUUCUUUAGCCAGAAGUAGAAGUACGUUAAUGCUUUCUGAGAGGUACAGUGACUCAGUAUUCCAUAUCUGUCCUCGUGUAGCACCAGCUAGUCCUCUUAAAACUUCUUACAAGCCUUCCCCCACCCGAAGUGUGGAGAAAAAGAAAGCAUCUGCUUCCACAUCAGACUCAAUGAAGGGAACAAGUAUAAGUGAAGUCUCACAGAAUGAGAAGAAAAAGAAACAACCAACAACACCUGGCACAUCUGGUUUUGGAUCUCCUCUUAAAAAGUCUGAAUCUCCAGCAGCUGUAUCUAAACGAUCAGUUUCACCUGCAACUCCAAAGUCAAUCUCAAAGACUUAUCCACAGCCUCCCAAAGCUAAUAAAACAUAUCCAGCUUCUCCUGUGAAAAAUCGUACAACUUCAAACUUGAACCAAGAAACUCCUAAAAAAAGGACAGCAAAAGUUAAAGACAGUCAGCGGGAAAAUAUUAGCCAGAGAACUCAAGCAUCACCAGCUGAAGUAGCUGUAAAUCAGUCUAUUGCUGAAAAAUCAGUAUCUUCUGUAGGAAAAAUUGAAAACACUGAAGGGAAACCUGUAGCAGGGACUACUGAUGCUGAGGAAGCAACAAGAAUUCUAGCAGAGAAGAGACGCCAGGCUCGACUUCAGAAAGAACAAGAAGAAAAGGAAAGGCAAGAAAGAGAGAAACAUGAAAGGCUAGAAAAAGAAGAGCUGAAAAGAAAAGCAGAGGAAGAAAGGGCUCUACUGGAGGAAGAGGCUCGUAAAAGAGAAGAGGAAAGAAGAUUUGAAGAGGAAUUAGCAAAAAGAAAAGCAGAAGAUGAAACAAGAAAAAGAGCUGAAGAACGCAAACUAAGAGAAAAGCAAGAAAAAGAAUUGCAAGCUAUGAUUGAGAUACAGAAAGAAGCAGCAGAAACUAAAGCACGAGAGGCAGCUGAACAUUUUCGUCUAGAAAAGGAACAAAUUAUGCAGCAGAUAGAACAAGAAAGACAAGAACGAAAGAAGCGGAUAGAUGAAAUAAUGAAAAGGACAAGAAAAAAUGAAAUGCCAGAAAUCAAGAAAGAAGACACAAAAUCAGAUGUGCCGACAACCCUGAAUGUGGAUAAACAUCCCAAACCACUUGCCCUUAGUCAAGCAGAAAUUAAUGGAGUAACGAACUGUAAAGAUAAUAAAGGUGUUGAAUGUGCUAUGUCCGAAUCUUUUCCUCAUGAAGUAUUUUCUAAUGGGCUUAAGCCAUUUAUGGGCCUUAUUCAACUAGAUGCAAUGGAUGGGAAAUCUAACAGCUUGGAUGAGUCAACAGAUGAAGUUCAGUCUAUGGAUGUGAGUCCUGCUUCAAAGGAAGAACUUAUAUCUAUCCCUGAAUUUUCACCAUUGAAUGAAAUGAUGCCUGGAAUUACUUUGGACCAAAAUGGAUCAAAUAAUGGAAAGGCUCUUGAAGAAUUACUAGAUUUUACUGGCCAGGCCACUUACCCAAAAUUAUCAAGUGAAAGUAUUAGCAUAGAUGAUUGCAAUAAAAACUUGAUCGAUGGAUUUAAUAGCCCAGGGCAGGAGACAACACUCAGUACCUUGUGUUGACAGAUACAUCACUACAUAGCAAUAAGAGGAAAUUGAGAAUAUAGAACACUCUCAAUGCUGCUACAGUCAGUAAAAUAAGAGCUUGUCAUUUUAAGAAGCUGCUGCAGUCGCAACACUGGAUAUCAUGCACUCUGCACUGAAUUUACAGUCUUCCCAAAUACAUUGUUGAGUAGUCACUUGGAAAAAGUGGGGAUUUUUUUUUUAAUGGUUUGAGGAACUUUUGUGGGAGUUUUGUUUAGAAUCUGGCCUUCUAUAAAUGUGGGUUUUAAAUAUCUCAAUGGGUUCCAUUUAUUUUAAAAUAAAAUACUAAUUUUGUCAUUGAAACAUGAGAAUAUUUUGUAAAUAGUUAUUAAAAUGAAAUACUGCCAAUGUGUUUGUUUUUACUGGAGAAGGAUCAUCUUAAUGUCAUUUUGUAAGUGGUUCACUGAAAAUCUUUUCACUGAAAAAUCAAAAGGCUUGAAAAAUAAUAUGCAACUGUUGGAAUCCUAUCUUGAAGACAGUGUAGAAUUAGAAUUAUCCCUCAUUAACAUGUGGCACAUAAAUUUUAUGUUGUUUUAAGCAGUAACUUAGUUACAUUAAGCUGUGAUGACAAUAUAUGCUAAACUUAUAAGGUCUUCAUUACAUGGGUCUAAAACAUAUUUAAUUCUUUGGGAUAAAACAUUGCUACAUUUAAUUGUGUAUAUUAUACUGCUGCAUAAGGAACUGUAUCAAUGGAUCAAAACCGAAAUGUUUAUGUUAUAUCAUACUUCUUAGAUCACUAAAAUUCUGAAACUCAGCAUUCUAGUGACAACAAACAAUAUAUAGACAUGGCAAUAUACUACUAAGGUAUAAUUAUGAAUGCUGAAAAUUAUACUCAUCCAACAUGAUAAACUGUUAGCAUCUUUCACUUGACAAAUGUGACUGAAAAAAAGUUCUUGAGAUAAAGAUAUCCUAAAAAAGUAUACAAAGGGCAUGACAUAGCUCAGUUAAGCCUUUUAAGGGCUGUUGUUUUUAACAGGAUAGUUAAGCUCUUAUCUAGAUUUUUCUUGUUAUAAAGCAAUGGAAUUUGUAGAGGUUUAAUUUAUCUUGGAAUUUGGCAUAAGGAAUUUCAACUUUCAGUGACCUCUUUUAUGCUAUAGUCUGUGCUGCCCAGAGAAGGCAAUUUUUGUCUCAUUGUUUACAACAAAAACAAUUGCUAAAGCUAAUUUUUUUAUGUUGGGGUGUGUUAAAAUGUAAUGUGGCUCUGUUCUUAUGUCUAAAAAUGACCUGUUUAAAAAUUAAACCAACAAAAGUAUGUGACAGUAUACACUAUUACUUACAAUAGUUACAUUAAUGUUAUUUCAACAAAAGUACUCCCUUGAUGGCUGUGCAGUAUGUUGUAGCAUGGUACAGUGUCUUUCAAGUUAAUCCUGCAAUUUCCAUCCUACACAAUAAAAUAUAUCAACU